GUCCCUUUAGAUUCAGAAUCUCACUCUCUCAACCCUACCCAGUUCGCACCGGUGCUUCUUCUCCGCAGCCAAUAUGCAGGCCAGCGAUAGGUUCAACAUCAAUUCCCAGCUCGAACACCUUCAAGCCAAGUACGUCGGAACAGGGCAUGCCGACUUGCACAGAUAUGAGUGGGCCGUGAAUAUUCAGCGUGAUAGCUAUGCCUCCUAUGUUGGUCAUUAUCCCAUUCUUUCCUAUUUUGCUCUUGCUGAGAAUGAAUCGAUUGGGAGGGAACGCUACAACUUUAUGCAGAGAAUGCUUUUGCCCUGCGGUCCUCCCCCAGAAAGAGAAGAUGAUUGAGAAUGUUCGUGUAAGGAUAAAGAUAUGAAUGUUUCUGUUCUAGUAUGUUCGCAUCUUCUCUGUUUGCUAAAAGUAAUCAUAUAGCAACACUAUGUGCUCUAUUUUCCUCCGAUGUGUUGAGGCCUAGUUGGAAUAUUUGCACUUUUAGUUUUGGGUGGAGACAAGCUAUGGUACUAAGAUAUAUAUCCUACUUUUAUUUUACAUGUAUUUGAACAAAAAUUACAAUGUUAUGAAUCAAAUUACAACAUUGAGAACAAAUUUACCAAAUUUAUUUACAC